GUUUUUAGAGUCUAGUACUUGGAUGGUCAACACGUGGGGAGGAUACAGAAAGACAGACACAGCGUAGGGGAACACGUUGGGAUUGAGUCGGGCCCGGAAUACGUAACAUUAUAUCACGAUAAUUUAAGUCACCGUGGCGGCGCGGAGGACGCUUAAAUACUGUGUAGCUGCUAGGGUCCUGAGGAGAUGCCACUGAGGUUCCGGUCUAUUGUCCCGUACACGCUGCCUGGAGUGCUGGCGCUUAUAGGCUGGUGGUGGUACAUCUCACGCAAGAAAGAGCGAAUCACCAACCACGACACCGAAGAGGGGGCAGCGGCCAUGGGCCUGCUGACGUCCCCCAGUGAGGGCAGCAACGGCCUGGUAGAGAAAGGGACAGUGUCCCCCUGCGGUACAUCCACUACCCCAACAACCAGCAACAGCUGCAGAGAGAGAACAGCCAGCAGCAGAGUCCGACCACCCAAGGACAAAGAGCAACGGUCAACAGAACAGGAGGUAGUAGCACAGAUUCACAUCUCAGGCACUAAGGCCCAGGCAGUAGAGGUACAGAGUACAUCCUGUUCACCCACAGAGAGGCUAGAUGCUUCCCACCACCCAGACAGAGCCAACGCAGUCACAGACACUGGUGUAGAAAGCUGCCAACAGACACCCAGGAGCAGUUCUUCUCCCGCAGCCUCGCCUUUACCAACACAGACCAGGGAGGAGAGCUCAGCUCCCCAGGGAGAUCACAGGGCCACUGGGCAGAGCCCGCCAGCCGCAAUUGCCUUGAUUACAGAGCCGGUGAAAUCAACGGUUACCGAGCAGGUCCCUGCUCCAGUGAAGGAGGCCAUCGCCACAGCAUCAGAAGCACUUGUACUCUCCCAGACGGCCCACGCCACAACUAGUUCCUCCACAGCAGCAGACCUGAUGAAUGCAGAGAGGCCCGAGCCAGAGGGAGAGGUGGCAGCAGCACAUGAGGCAGCAGUGGCCUUCACGCAGAACCUGCAAGUGGAGCUGGUGGCUAAAGAUGCCCUCCCGGUCCCCUCCAGUAGUACCAAAGAUGAGCUGCCCUCCUCGCCUGUCGUCCCAGCUGAGAUGCCGGCCCAGGCCCUGAAAGUAGUCACACAUGAGCCCAUCUUCCCAGAGACCCCCACAUCAUCGCAGGGCUCCUACCAUGCUGUCAUGACCAGUACUCCGGCCUCCCCAGCCCAAGGCCCCCAGCAGGAGAACGGGGCCCCCGGCAGCACUGAGGAGCUGGAAUACCUUGCAGCAGGUCUGAUCACUGAGGUCAUCUGGGCAGCCACCCAGGAGGUCCUCAGUGUUACCUCCUGUCCAGAGACCCGGUUUGGCCAAUCCACCGCCGAGCCCAGCUGCAGAAGCACCCCACUGGCCAAUGGGAGGCCAUGCUCUGAGCAAGAGCCACUCACAAGGAACAUGGAGGAAGGGCCUUCCCCAAUAAGCCACGCUGAGACAGAGUGGAGGGAGCAGCAGAAAGAAGGGAUGCCCAACGGUUGCCCGCCCGCCCCGGCGUGGGAGCCAAUGGGGACAGAGAACGCACUGUGUAACCCCUGGGCAGCAGCAGCAUCCUUGCAGGAGGGGAGGCAAGAGGCCAGCGGCGUGCCUAGCAACCUGGACAAACUGAAGGGAGACGAGGGGGUGAUGGUGGCAGAGGACUCAGCCUGCAGUACGUGCCACUCUGAGGAUGGGGUCAGCAGUGAGGACCAGCAGAGCAGGGAGAGCCGGGAGGAUCUGAUCCAGGUGUCAGGGAUGUCUGAGGGGGAGGGUGGACUGGGUGGUCUGCCCCAGGCCCCAGAAGAGGUAGUGACCGAGGCAGAGGUGAUGGCAGCCCUACCAGGCCACGUGCUGGGGACUGUUGGCGAAGUGAAGAGGCUCAACGCCAUGGGCCUGAGGAACGGUUCUCAUGGGAUGAGUGAGACUGAGACCGAUCAGUCUGGAGGCUCGGAUGUGAACAGUAUGGACUCGGUGGACAGCGGCUGCACCAUGGGGGCUAGGGACAGUGGCAGCCCUGCCAUGGGUAUGGGCUCUGAACUCAUCGUUUGGGAGAUUGAGGUACCAAAGCAUCUGGUGGGUCGGUUAAUUGGGAAACAGGGGCGAUACGUGAGCUUCCUGAAGCAAAGCUCUGGUGCGAAAAUCUACAUCUCCACCCUGCCUUACACUCAAGAGUUCCAGAUCUGCCACAUAGAGGGUUCCCAGCAGCAGGUGGACAAAGCGUUGUCCCUGAUUGGGAAGAAGUUUAAGGAUUUGGACCUGACCAACCUGUAUGCCCCCCCACCUCUGCCACUCACGCUGCCCUCGCUGCCCAUGACCUCCUGGCUCCUGCUCCCCAGCGGUGUGACUGUGGAGGUGAUCGUAGUGAACGUUGUGUCAGCGGGUCACCUCUUCGUUCAGCAGCACACACACCCUACGUACCACGCCCUACGCAGCCUGGACCAGCAGAUGUUCCUGUGCUACUCCCAGCCAGGGACACCCACCCUGCCCUCGCCUGCUGAGGUGGGGGUGAUCUGUGCGGCGCCGGCGGUAGAGGGAGCCUGGUGGAGAGCCCAAGUCAUCUCCUUCUACAAAGAGACCAACGAGGUUGAGAUCCGAUAUGUGGACUAUGGUGGCUAUGACCGAGUGAAGAUCGACACACUACGGCAAAUAAGGUCGGACUUUGUAACAUUACCGUUCCAAGGUGCAGAAGUAUUACUGGACAACAUCGCCCCUCUUCCAGGAGAAAACAGCUUUUCAACCGAGGCCACCUCUGCACUGGAGGAGAUGACGAGAGGGGUAGCACUGCUUGCACAGGUCACAAACUACGACAACAACACUGGUCUCCCAUUGGUCCAGAUGUGGAACAUGGUUGGAGAAGAGCUGGUAUCAGUGAACCGCACACUGGCAGAGCGAGCAUUGGGUACCUGGGUGGACAGCUUUUGAACCUUGCUGCCCCACCCCCACCCCUCAACCCCUUCUCAGCUCCACCACACCCCUCCUAGACCCCUUCUUCUCACCUAAUCUCUGGAGUCUGACCCCACCAGCCCUCCAGAAACAAUCCAUAACACUUCAAUGGAAGAACACAACCACUGGAUUUGGGAAUACUUUCUUUGUUUGAUUUUGUUUGUUGGGUUUUUACACCACGUUUCAAAAAGGAAAUUAAAAAUGGUUGUAUGCAGAAAAAAAAGAGAACGAAGUACUGCUUCAGAAUAAAAGUAUCCUCUCCUCUCCUCCCCCACACACCAAAAUAACGUAAAGGGAAAUAAAGUACUUGUACAUUUUUAAAAUAAAUCUAUAUUGUAACUAAAUAAA